CGGAGCUGCUCCCCGCGAGAUAAAUUGUGAGUGGUACAAUUGGAGGAGUCGGGUACGAAACUGUCCUUUCUUGUUUCCUGUGAAGGACAGUUAACGGUCGCCCGCUUUUUUAAAAAAAACAAAAAAACAAACCUCCGGUCCUACCGUUACUGAUCGCCAACCGGGGGGACGUUUCUGUGGAGGUACUAUGUCUGGAAACAAAGACAGUGACGGCGGAUGGAGGAAAUUUGUGUGGAAUUCAGAGAGGAGCGAGUUUCUAGGACGAACAGGGAGCAGUUGGCUCAAGAUCUUCCUGUUCUACGUGAUUUUCUACGGAUGCUUGGCCGGCAUCUUCGUCGGGACCAUCCAGGCCCUGCUGCUGACGUUAGAUAACUACAAGCCCACCUACCAGGACAGGGUGGCCCCCCCAGGUCUGUCACACACGCCCCGCUCCGAGAAGUCCGAAAUCUCUUUCAAGAUGAGCGAAGCCGGCACAUACCAGAAGUACAUCGAGACCAUGGAGAAAUUUCUUAAGUUAUACGACUUAGAGAACCAGAACAACCUUGAUCAUUAUGAGGACUGUGGAGACACCCCCGGGCCAUACAAAGACCGCUCCGAUGGGCAAGAUCCACCAGGACAGAAGAAAAGUUGCCGUUUCCAGAGAACGCUGCUGGAAAGCUGCUCCGGGAAGGACGACGACACCUAUGGCUUUAAGCAGGGAAAUCCAUGCCUCAUUGUCAAGCUCAACCGGAUCGUCAACUACAGACCAAGGGCUCCCAGCAACGACACACUUCCAGAAGGUCUGAAGGGCAAAUCCUUCACUAACCUUAUCCCCAUCCACUGCAAGAAUAAGAGGGAGGAAGAUGCCGCCAAGAUCGGCGAGAUCAAGUACUAUGGCUUCAGCGAAGGGGGCGUGGUGGGCUUCCCUCUCCAGUACUACCCCUACUACGGCAAACAGCUGCACGGCAAGUACCUGCAGCCUCUGGUGGCCAUCCAGUUCACCAACCUCACCCUGGGGGAGGAGCUCCGCAUCGAGUGCAAGGUGUACGGCGACAACAUCUACUACAACGAGAAGGACCGCUAUCAGGGACGCUUUGACGUGAAGUUCACGGUGAACUCGUGACCUCAGGCACGACGAGCGCAAAAAUAAACCGUAGGGAGAUAUUCAAGAGUUCAGAUAAAAACACCACUAGUCUUUGAACAUUCAUUAUUUACAGGACCUACACUUAAUCUGUGUGCUUUACACUAGCUUCUCCGUGUUUUCUGUCCAGAGUUAGAAUGUAAUAUACAAAAAAAAAAAAAACACAAAAAAGUAGCAAUAGCAAAUAUUUAUUCUACUGUAAAUGAGAAGAAGAAGAAAAAAAUAAACGAUCCUUGAGCCAUGGGGUGUUCAUCGAUUACUGUAAAACUGCAGUUUCACUACUGAUGUGUAGCGAGUCGUGUCUCUGUCCCCCCUGGUGUUUCAUCCUCACGUGGUUUCUAUAUAUUUUUGAAGUGUCCAGAGUUUGUAGGCUAGUCCUGUCGUGAUCUCCCGUCUUAUGUCUGCUUUAGUGGUCCAAGGUGUGUGUGCGCGCGCGCUCGCUUGCUCGUGUCCGUGCAGGCGGUUGUAGUCCAUGUGAGUGUGUGUGCGUGGAGUGUUUGUCGAUGUGCUCCGACUAAACCCCAAUACUAGCAUGGUACUCUGAACCUUUAAGGCCCCGUGUGUGAGUAGAUGACUGCGCUCCAUCCCUUGUUUUUUUUUGUUUUGUUUUUUUUUCUGUUUGUUUUUUAAUGCAUUUCCUUAUUCGAGUUGGCUGUAGAAGAAUUUGUUUGCUCACGUUUUGUUCAGCUUUCACAGUUAGAUAGGUUUAGAUAACGUUUCUGUUUGAUACUCUUAACAUCUGUUCAUUCUUAAUUCAUAGUGUAAAGCUUUGUGGGUCCAGCCUAAGAAGACUGUCACCUCCAUGGAAACCGUGGCAACUCAGUGCUAUGAAAUCUGUUUUGCUGGAGACGUCACGUUCCGUGAUGUAACUUACUAUUGAAUGUUUUAGCCAUUUUCAUAAUGGAAGAAUUUUAUAUUUAUGCAGUUGUACAUUUUUAUUUUUUUUUUUUCAACGUGUGAUGUUUAUGAAUCCAAAACCAAAGUCGCUGGUCUAAAACUUAGAGAAAAAUCAGAGGCAAUGCAGUAUCCCAUGUAAUAAGGUGUUUUAGUGGGUGUGAAAAAUACUUAAUUCAAUGUUUGAGAUCAAAACACAUGUCAGGAGUCUGAUCUUGUCACUUUAUUUAAUCUGCAUAAGGCUGAAACAAUAAACAGAACAUUGAGACAA